CAAAAAAAAAAAAAAAAAUCAUUCCCCUCUCUUAUAUCUUAGACCCUUCUCAAAUUAUUAUUACACUCAUUAUUGUUAUUAUUGUUAUUAUUAUUUCUCCUUGUAGCUCUAAUAACAAAUGUUUGGAAUUGAAGAAGUUAUUGGAGAACUAAAUAGAGAAGAUGAUCAUGAAGAAAAAAGUGGAAGUGGUAAAGAGUUCAUCAUCAAGAAGCACCAUAGAUUAUUGCCACCAGGUUAUAGGUUUCACCCUACUGAUGAAGAACUCAUUGCCUUUUAUCUUGCUUCAAAAGUCUUCAAACCUUCAAACUUUGAUCUCGGUGUCAACAUUGCGGAAGUCGACCUCAAUAGAUGUGAGCCGUGGGAACUUCCAGAGGCAAAGAUGGGUGAAAAAGAGUGGUAUUUUUUCAGCUUAAGAGUGAGGAAAUACCCAACAGGAUUAAGAACAAAUAGAGCAACAGUGGCUGGUUAUUGGAAAGCAACAGGAAAAGAUAGGCAAAUUCAUAGUAGUUGUAAUGGAGUUAAGCUUGGAACUAAGAAAACACUUGUGUUUUAUAAAGGAGGUGCUCCUAGAGGCAUUAAAACCAAGUGGGUUAUGCAUGAAUAUCGCCUUCAUUCUGAUCUUGCUUCUCCUAAUGUCUGCAAGCAGGACGAGUGGGUUCUAUGUAGAAUAAUUCACAAAUCCGGAGAGAAGAUAAAACCUAAAUCGUCCUUCCAAGAAACAGUUCCCUCUCCCAUCUCUCUACCAUCAUUGUUACUCAACGCAACUCAAUCCAUAAACCAUAUCAACAUCCAAUCCCAACCACCUCUACACAACAUUCAGCACCAUGAAAAUGGCCUGGAAAGCUUCAUCAUCAACAACCCACACUUCAUUUUCCAACCCAACCUCUUUCCAUUUGGCUUAAAUAACCACGACCCACAUUUGACGACACCACCGCCGCCGCCACCAUCAAUUCAAAUGACCGACACGAACUAUCACCCCCAUUUUAACCCAUCCUUGUUGCUCGACGGCGGCUGCGACAGCCAGCAGGCCUCCAGUUUUGGUGUUGACAGUGGCGGCACGUUGGUCGACGUCGCUGCUUAUAGAGGUGCUCGGGGUGAUCAAUCCGAUGAAAAUUGGUCCGGAGGGUGCUGAUGAUUGGGUGUCAGUCUGUCAGAUGUUUUGUGUUAAGAUUAUUAUUAUAAUUAUUAUUAUUAUUCUCUACUACACAGAUCCCGAAGCAUUAUUCUUCUUACUAUUUUGCUUCUGUUUGAUGAUGCUCCAAGAUCGAUGUUAUAGUACAAUAAUAUUAAUAUCUCUACUUCGGACUUGCUUUAUUUAUGACAUUUUCGUAGAAUUGUUUGCAUAUAUCCAUGUUCAACUUUUCUUUUAAA